AUGCUUUUUAAGCAAAAUCCUUUCUUUGCUUUAACUAUUGCUGCUGCUGCAGCUGCAGCGGCUGCGGCGGCUAUACUACGCACUCUUAUCUUCGAAGCUUCGCUUUUUCUUUUAGACCUUUUUAUUAAGCGCUUGCUUAUACCAACGACCGUCAAAGCUUUAAACAAUUGCACCGCUGCUUCUGCCGCUAUUAACACCGCUUUCGAUAACUUCCUCGCUUUAAAUGCUGCUCUUUUAAGAGGUGCUGCUAAUAAUACGAGCGGUCUAGCGAGUAGAAGUAAAGGUUUUGGAAAUAAUCUCGGUAGCUUUAUAAGUUUUGCUCUUGCUCUUAAGACUUUUAAUUUAAAUAUAACCCUUAUUAGAUUAAAUGGUUUUAUAGCAGCGAACCGUGGUCCGAUGACUCGGAGCGCUUCGAGCAUAUUACCUUUUCCUCUUGCGCUUGCCGUCCUUAUUGCUCUCGUCGUCUUUGCAGCUCCCGUCGCUCUCGUCGCACUUAUUAUCGUCGCUCUUUUUGCGCUAGUUAUUGCGCUUGCCGUUCUCGCGGCGGCGCUCGCCGUUAUUAUAACUUUUGCGGAGCGCCGAGCUAAAGUAAAAAGAUUGCUAAAAGCUCUGAUCGAUCUUUUAUUAUAA